AUGCUCGGUCCAGCUGGAAGUGGAGGAACUCCAGGCAGCAAAUCAAUGAAGAAGAAAGGCAGCUUCCUUAGUCGAACUCCUCUUACUCCACGGUAAGGCGUCAAACUCGCAAAGAACAAUUCCCAGCAUGUAGUAUUAUAUUGAGGUAUUCAAGAAAUAUCCAGUGAGCUCCAUAUAUAUCUGGAGCAAAAACGUCAGUCAUUCGGCCUAUGAGAAAAGUGAAGCCAAGAUGGCGGCCAUUGACGUCCAGUAGCUCUGAAAGUCGUAAACAGUUUUAAUACCAUUGUCCCAACUAUUCCAGUUUUUUCUAAUAAACGGACUGUAUCGCAAACCGAGUUGUCAGUUCAUAGAACCCUAGUGUUAUUCUUUAAAUCGAUGUCAAAAUACGAAAUUUCGGGACACUCCUCAGCCAAGGAGGCGGAAAUUGAAGGGAGUUAUUGGACGUCAGUUCCAGUCCCUUUCGAUUGUUUUUGACUGCGCGGUUAACACGAAGCUGGCUUCAGUUUUUGGGCUCGAAUUCUCGCUCCAGAUAUCAUAUGUAUGGAACUCACUGGAAAUAUCAUAAAGUUUGAGAGUUGCUGUUUAAAGAGAACAUUUUCUUAGGCCUUUAAUGGCCAUCUAUUAAAUAAAUGUGACCGUUCAAAUUCAAAAUUGGUCGUCCAUAGAACGGUUGGGCGCUUGUCAUUCAAAGUAAGAAAAUUUUAAAAACAUUUCAUCAAUAGAAAGCAAAGUUAUCUGACAAGUGAAAAAUAAGUUCAUUAAUUAAAAAAAAACACACGGGAACACCAGCAAAAUGUUGUGUUUUAAUGGACUAUCUAUGAUGGAUUUGAACUGAAUACAGAAUAAUAUGGACUGUAUGUGAUCAAUCUAAUCACUAAAAGUGAGGAAUUACGUUCAAAAACUGAAAAAUUUCGAUAGUCUGUCUAGAUAUGAUGGUCUGGGAGCCCGGAAAACUUCAAAGCUACAAAAUAGAAGACUUUUAUGCUGAACUGUACCUCACCGUGCACAAAUGUAUUGUCUCAACUUCAUUAAAUAUUAUUCAUCGUGGUUGCACGUUUCAUCUCAGCUAUCCCAGAUUGGACGGUUACUUAAUUAUACGAAAAUACAAUGAACUCAAUCACCGUGACCGUGCACAAAUUAACAUAAACUCAGACAAAAACAUAAUACAAUGACUUCUGUUCCGUUUCCAUGAGACCAUCGUAUCUUGAUAAUUGAUAUAGACUAUGAUCAAGAGUGAUUUUUUGUAGGUAUAAAACACUCUUGUAUUUCAUAAUGGCUUCGCGGGAGUUAAAAUAACCAAGGUUUUCAGAUCGGGCGAUAUUUUUCAGUUUUUCGUAGAGCCUUUUGUCGUAGAGCCUUUAAUCUGGAUUCAUCGUUCCAGUAUUUAUAGAGUUCGCUGGUUCCAUGUACGCUAAAAAUGAAUUUGUUUUAAAUGUGGGAUUACUAUCUGCCUUGUAACCAGAGACCAUGGCUUGCUGCUAAUCUUUUCUAUAUUGGCGUGAUUGUCUAGCAAACUUUAUCUUUGUCUUUUAUAGAUUUGGCAGUAAAAGCAAACGUCCUAAUAAAAGACCUCAUCAUUUCUUCGACUCGCCAAUGUUAAAGUGA